GGUUUUGUGGAGUGACCACCGGAGCGGAAGCGGGCAACAUGGCAGACGAGGAGGACUCGGCGCCGGAGCCCGCUGCCCUCUCUCCCCGGGAGAGCCCCCGCGCCGAGCGGCCUCACUCCGUUUCCUUCACGGACAGCGUGCAGCCGGCCGUCGAGAUGGUGAGCCAGCUGCUCAGCCAGCCGUCGUCCCUCAAGUUCGACAAGAACAUCAAGCAGGCCUUCUACAACACCGGAGCGAUGAUCUUCGUGGCGAUCUGCUGCGGGGCGGCCGUCCUGGUCUACUUCAUCCUGGAGGCCUUCCUGCGCCCGCUGCUCUGGGCCGUGCUCUGCGGCACCUUCCUCCACCCCUUCAAGUACUCCCUGGCCCGCCUGGGCCGCUCCUGGCUCAGCGGCCUGCAGGACACAGGCACGCCCAUCGUGGUGGGGACGCUGCUCGUCCCGGUGCGGUGCGUUAACUACGGGGUGGAGGCGAUGGGCCGGCUGGUGCUGGAGCGGCUCACGGUGCUCCUGGUGAUCGGAGCCGGGGCGCCGCUGGUUUACUUCCUCUACCUGUUCUGGAGCGUGAUCGGGAUGCAGGUGAUCAUCGGACACAUCUGCGGGGUCAUCGGGGCCAUGCUGGACUGUUUCCACAUUGUGUGGGUUUGCACGGUGGUGUUUGGCUACUUGCUGGCUGUCUGCUGCAAGUGGAGCGCUCACACCGAGCGCUACCUGCGGACUCUGGCGCUUCCUGUGUGGGCCGUCUUGCUUUUCUACAUCGUGUCGCUGACUGGAUCGUGGAGAGUUCCCAUAUUCGUGGUUGUGGUUGCGCUCCUCAUCGUGGGCUCCCAGGAGAAACCUCCUGCUCCUGGCAGAGGAGAACUGUCCGGGCAGGUGCUGUCCUUUGCGGCCAACACUAUUUACAUGGCCAUCUCCUGCAGCAACCUGCAGCCCAAGACUGAGGCCAGCGAGAACAACACCACAGGCGGCGUGCAGUCGGUGGGCCCCGUGCCCGCCACCCCCAGCUUCCCCCGGGGGACCCGCUCGCUGCCGGCCGGCCUCUUCCAGCGAGAGAGGAGCUCCCAGAGAGCCAGCAACAUCUACUUCGUCCUGCUGGCCUGGGCCAUAGUGCUGGUUCAGGUCUGGCUCAACCUCUGGAUCCUGCAGCUGCUCCCCAUCCCCGUAGCCGUGUGGGUGCUGAAGAAGCUGGUGGUCCACUUCGGCCUGAAGGGCUUUGCGGAGCGAACCCUGGCGUCGUGGUGGACGGUGAUGGAGAAGUUCGGGCGCGAGCGCGAGGAGGCCCUGCUGCCCGGACCCAUCAAAGGCCUGGCUCAGUUCCUGCUGCGUAUCGACACCAAGCUCUGGCAUUGGCUUAACAAGCAGAUGAUUGUGUGGUUGGAGCGAUCGCUGGAUAAAAUCAUCAGCAUCUUCAUCAUCUUCCUCCUGGUCACAGGAACCCUGCUCAUGGCUCUGCUGCUGACCGCCAUGGUGCAUCAUGAGAGCGCCCACAUCAUCGAGAUAACCAGUAACCUCAUCAACGAGACUGUUUCUAACCAUCCAGAGUGGGCCAAUUGGCUUCCUGAGGCUCGAGUCGUCCAGAAAGCUCUGAACUCAGCCGCCACGAACGUCUAUCAACACGGGAGAGAGUGGAUAACGCAGAAGCUCCAUAAGAUGUUGGGAGAUAAAGUGAACCACACCGCCGUCAUUGAGAAGCAGGUUUUGGAGCUUUGGGAUCGACUUUACCACUCCUGGUUUGUGAAGAAUGUGACCCACGCCGGACGACAUCGAGGGAACAAGAUGUCUCCGCAGAGACAGCACAGCUGGGUAGGGGACAUCCUGGACUGGAAGGACAUCGCCUCCUUUCUACAAGAGAACAUCGAGACUCUGCUGUCUAUCCUGGAGUCUCUGUGGGUGGUGAUGAGCAGGAACGUCGGCCUCCUCUUCUCCACCACCACCACGCUGCUCACCGUCUUAUUCCACAGCGGCACGGCUCUGCUCAACUUUGCUCUGAGUCUGGUGAUUUUCCUCACCACCCUCUUCUACCUACUGAGCUCCAGCGGUGAGUACUACAAGCCAGUGAAGUGGGUGAUCAGCCUCACCCCUCUGUCGCAGCCUGGACCCUCCUCCAACAUCGUGGGACAGUCUGUAGAAGAGGCCAUCAGGGGGGUGUUCGACGCCUCUCUGAAAAUGGCCGCUUUCUACGGCCUCUACACCUGGCUCACUCACACCAUCUUUGGCAUCAACAUCGUCUUCAUCCCUUCGGCUCUGGCCGCCAUCCUGGGCGCCGUGCCGUUUCUGGGGACGUACUGGGCGGCGGUGCCGGCGGUGUGCGACCUGUGGCUGGCCCAGGGCGAGGGCGUCAAGGCCCUGCUGCUGCUCGUCUGCCACCUGCUGCCCACUUACUUUGUGGAUACGGCCAUCUACUCUGACAUAUCCGGGGGGGGGCACCCGUACCUGACCGGCCUGGCGGUGGCGGGCGGCGCCUACUACCUGGGUCUGGAGGGGGCCAUCAUCGGACCCAUCCUGCUCUGCAUCCUGGUGGUCGCAGCCAACAUCUACAGCGCCAUGCUGACCAGCCCCAGCUCCGCCCUGCCCACGCCGGUGCAGCCCAACUGGCCGCUGCACACCAUGAGGGUGUUUGCGGAAUCCACGCCGUCCAUCCUGAAGAACAGUGAGUGACGGCGAGCGGGCGGGUCGCCGUGCUGACCCCUCGGUGGAAGCGCUCCCCGCUAGAAGCCCCUCCCGGCGCCGCGGGGCUCCGAAGGGUUGCCCCCUCCAUCAAACCGGGAAGAGGCGGCGGCUGCGGCGGCAGCGGUGUAGGUAGCAGCUGGUUACCCACAAUGCUCCGCUCUAUGGAGCCGUUUGUCUCUGAGCUUUGUGGCGCCGGCUCCUGCCGUUUGGCACCUUAAAAACCCAAACGCGUGUUCGUGCACAACUCAACUCCAAAUUAAGACGGGCGACGUCCCGUCGGGUCUCUGACUAGAAUGCAUAUCAGAGAUCUGCACGCCAAUCAAGUCAUCCCUCUGAACUCAGUGCCUGAAUUAGUUUUGUAAAUCCAUCUCAGAGUUUGUGGCGAAUUGUAGGAACACUAAUCUGCUGCGCCCCUCUCGUCCACCCUGCACUUUGCGCCGCGGCCGUGCGGCGCGCGUUCGCCCUACCUCUCUCCACACGGAGGCUCCAGUUCGCAGUGACGGCCGAUUUAUGAACCACAACCGACUCCAUCGAGAGAUGGCACCUAUUUUGACUGUUUUGUUUUUUAGUUUGACUUAAAGCAAAUUGAUGUAACCCCGAAGCAGUGGAAAGAGCAGCUUUCCGUUCCGGACGAGGAAGAAUCCAGACCAGCGAAUGCACUGUUGAGUGUGAAACACAGCUUACCUCAGAAAAAGCCUCACGAAACCUGGAUUCCUCCUGAUAUAAAGUGACGUAAAUCGUGCCAAUAAGCAACUGUAAAGCAGCCGGUACAAGAGCGCUUAUUACAAGUACAAAGAUCGACAAGUGAACCCGGGUAACCCGGCUUUUCAGUAAGGUAGCGAGUCGAUUACUGUCCUGAAAGUUCAACAACACAAACCUCAGCGAGCCGGUUAUUCUCCCAGAUCAGCCCAACAGCAUGAAGGCCAGUGACGGAGCCAAUGAACAUACAGCAGAGUGGAAAUCAAAGCGCAGCCAGCUUCUCAUAUCACCAGGCAGAUUAAUCAGCAUGAUUUCCAGUCUGACAUUUAAAAGUAAGGUAGUUACACAGCGCUGCUUUGACGCGUUAGUCACGUUUCAGUGAUCGCAGCUUCGCAACAACAUUCUGGCUUUAAUGAUAACACUUAUGCUCUCCUGGACCAGAUUUUGUUUUUCCAUUAUAUGACUUUUUAUUUUUCUCUGUGUGUGUCUGUGUAUUUAAAUGUCAAAGCCCCCUUUUUUUUUUAAUAUGUAAGAUUUAUGCCAGUGAUUCUCAAAUGUCUCUUAAUGGCACAGCUCCUUUGAAAGAUAUUUUUCAUUCAUGUUCCCAGCGACACCGGGUUAACAAGAGGUGCAGCUUCUACCAAAAAUACCAAAAACAUCAGUUUUUGGUAUUUUUACACAACCUGGAAAAGAAAAUUUGCUAAAAUUGCACAAUUGUAAAUUUCUUCCAGCAAUUUUUUUUCACAUAACUUUAGUCAUUGUGAGACCUAUAAUUUUUAUCACACAUACGUUUUCUUUAAAAUACAUAAAUUUCAAGCUUAAUUAUUGAUGUUUGAUUCAAGAAAAUCUAAUUUUUUUGUCCAAAUUCUAACUUGGGUGAAAAUGUUAAAAAAUCUUUUUUUUUUUUAAAUUUUCUCAAGCCAUAUUUUUCAUGGUUACUAACUCCAAAAAACGGUUUAUUUUACGUGAUUAAUAUGUGAACUAAACAAAACGGUUUUAUUAAAUUGAUAAUAUAUUUUUUAAGACUUUCCAUAACUUUAUUUUUCAAGCCUCCUGUACCUAUUGCAGUACCGGGGAGCUCCGCUAGGGGCGCUGCGGCGCCCUCGUUUGAGAACCGCUGGCACUUCAUUGGAUUUCCGCUUCAGGGAAGUUCAUGUGAACGUUGAUGGUAGAUGGUUCGAGAUUGGUCUUUUUAUACAUUUCUAUUUAUUUCAAGUUUAAUAUAUAUGUUUUAACAAACUGUGAGUGCAACACACACACACACACACACACACACACACACACACACACACACACACACACACACACACACACACACACACACACACAGAGCCAACAGUCUUAGUCCUUCAGUAUUAAAGCACAUGCUCCCUCAGAGCACUCUCAACAGGUUUUUGAGUGUGUUUGUGUGCAGUUUCGUUUUAGGUUUUCAACCAAAUUUCUGUCUUCCUUCCUUCAUCUCAUGGUUUUUAUCAGCACUUCAGAUGUACUUCAGAUGUUCUCUCCUCACCCUUGUGAUUCAUACUCUGUACUUUAGCGAGAAGCAGCACAAAUGUGCUGAGAGCAGAGUCUGAGGCUUUAAGAAGAAAAGCUGUACAGAUGAAUUGUGCUUGGCUACUGCGUUAGCCGCCCCACGGUAGGGUGAGUGUGUGUGUCUGUGUGUGUGUGUGUGUGUGUGUGUGU